UCAGAGGGAGCAGCGCCAUGCUAGGCCUCAGCCUCCGAGAAGUUUCUGCUGCACUAAAACAAGGCCAAGUCAGCCCAGUGGAGCUCUGUCAAAAAUGUCUCUCUCGUAUCCGAGAAACCAGAUUUCUUAAUGCUUACAUUACUGUAUCAGAAGACAAGGCCUUAAAGCAAGCUGAAGAAUCAGAAAAGAGGUAUGAGAAAGGUCAGGCCCUCGGAAUUUUGGAUGGAAUUCCCAUUGCUAUAAAAGACAACUUUAGCACUGCUGGCAUUGAAACAACAUGUGCAUCUCAUAUGCUAAAAGGUUACAUACCUCCUUAUAAUGCUACGGUAGUUCAGAAGUUACUGGAUCAGGGGGCUAUUCUUCUAGGGAAAACAAAUUUAGAUGAGUUUGCUAUGGGAUCUGGAAGCACAGAUGGUGUAUUUGGGCCAGUUAGAAACCCCUGGAGCUAUUCAAAGCAAUACAGAGAAAAGAGAAAGCAGAACCACCACAGAGCAGAUGAAGAUUCAAAUUGGUUAAUAACUGGAGGCAGCUCUGGGGGCAGUGCUGCUGCUGUAUCUGCAUUCACAUGCUUCGCGGCUUUGGGAUCAGACACAGGAGGCUCAACAAGAAACCCAGCUGCCUUAUGUGGGCUUGUUGGUUUAAAACCAACCUAUGGACUAGUUUCCCGUUAUGGUCUUAUUCCACUGGUGAAUUCAAUGGAUGUUCCAGGAAUCUUAACCAGAUGUGUGGAUGAUGCAGCAAUUGUGUUGGGUAUUCUGGCUGGGCAUGAUCUGAAAGAUUCUACCACAACACAAGACCCUGUUGGACCAUUUAUACUUCCCAUUUUGAGAGAUGUUAGCAAGUUAUGUAUCGGUAUACCAAAGGAAUAUCACACACCAGGAUUAUCAAGUGAAACUCAAGCCCUUUGGUCUAAAGCUGCUGACCUUUUUGAGUCUAAAGGGGCCAAAGUAGUGGAAGUGUCUCUACCUCAUACCAGUUACUCAAUUGUCUGCUAUCAUGUUUUAUGCACAGCAGAGGUGGCAUCCAACAUGGCAAGAUUUGAUGGGCUAGAAUAUGGCCACCGGUGUAAUGUAAAAGUGUCUACUGAGGCUAUGUAUGCUGCAACAAGACGAGAAGGGUUCAAUGAUGUCGUGAGAGGAAGAAUUCUCUCAGGAAAUUUUUUCUUAUUAAAAGAGAAUUAUGAUGAUUACUUCGUGAAGGCACAAAAAGUGAGACGACUUAUUGCUAAUGACUUUGCGAAAGUCUUUAAUUCCGGAGUGGAUAUCCUGCUUACUCCCACUACCCUUAGUGACGCAGUGCCAUAUGUGGAGUUCAUCAAAGAAGACAACAGAACCCGCAGUGCCCAGGAUGAUAUUUUCACACAGAGUGUAAACAUGGCAGGUUUGCCAGCCGUAAAUGUCCCCAUGACCCUCUCCAGCCAAGGUUUGCCUGUUGGGCUGCAGCUGAUUGGACGGGCAUUUAGUGACCAACAACUUCUCACUGUUGCCAGGUGGUUUGAGGAACAGGUGCAGUUUCCUGUCAUUCAGUUUCAAGAAUUGAUGGAUAAUUGUCAAACUAUCUUUCAACAUGAAAAGUUGACUUCAGUUUCAUUAAAACAGUAAUGGCAGAGACUUUCAUGUAAAUUAAAAACAACUUUGGAGGUAUUUAUACUCAAAAUAAUUAAGUUGUUAAGACUUUUAAGAAGUCAAGUGAUCUUACUAAGUGGUUGUAAUUGGGUUUAUUUUCAACAUCAUAUAUUCCAGAUAGUUUUUUAAAAAUGUGCUAAGAUUAAUGGAUUUACAAAUUGUAAAUAAAAACUU